AGGAAUCCUACAUGGAAGGAGACAGGGAGGAAGGAUGCAGCCUCGUUUGCCUGAGGAUCCCCAUCUAGAAUUAGCCAUGCAGUGAAUGACCAUUUCAACAGAAUGCCCAUUCAUCUAAAACCACAGAUAUAACUUUGCUGUCCAUAAUGACUUCAUCAGUGACUUCCCCACCGGCGGACACUGUCCUUCCCAACCUGGUUUCACAAGAGUUCUGGAGGUCCCAGGUUUGUGGAUACUCUACGUCUGUUGCAGGGCACAUAAGCCACCGGGCUAACAAUUUCAAAAGACACCCAAAGAGAAGAAAACUCAUCCGGCCUUCGCCUCCUCCGCCACCCAAUACCCCAUGUCCUCUGGACUUGAUUGACUUUGUGGAUCUUCACCCUCGGAGAUCUUUCUUGGAACUUCUGUUCAAUGGCUGCAUUUUAUUUGGAAUUGAGUUUUGUUAUGCAAUGGAAACCGCUUACGUCACGCCGGUUCUGUUACAGAUGGGCCUUCCGGAUGAGUUCUACAGCAUGGUGUGGUUUAUCAGCCCCAUCUUGGGUUUUAUGCUUCAGCCUCUCCUGGGGGCAUGGAGUGACACAUGUACAUCGAAAUUUGGGAGGAGGCGUCCUUUCAUUCUCGUCCUUGCCAUAGGAGCUUUGUUUGGCCUGACGCUUCUCCUCAACGGACGAGAUAUUGGCCUGUCUGCGUCCGACACAGUCAAUGACCACAAAUGGGGUCUCAUCCUCACCAUCUGUGGAGUCGUUCUGAUGGAUUUCAGCGCAGAUUCUGCAGAUAACCCGAGCCAUGCUUACAUGAUGGACGUAUGUACCCCGGAGGACCAAGACCGCGGCCUCAACAUCCACGCCUUGCUAGGAGGCCUCGGCGGUGGUUUUGGAUACGUCGUUGGUGGAAUAAACUGGAAUAAGACGAGUUUUGGCAAAGCCAUGGGAGGACAGCUGCGAGUUAUUUAUAUCUUCACGUCUAUAACGCUGACCAUUACCACCGUCUUAACCCUACUUAGCAUUCCAGAAAGGCCCAUCCAGUCCUUUAGCAAAAAGAAGAAAGUGAUGAAGAGCCCGAGCCUACCGCUCCCUCCAUCCCCUCCGGUGUUUUUUGAAGGAAACGAACAUCAGAACCACUCUACGCAAAACCCGACUCAACUCUACGCAAGCUUGACCAGCCCAAUAUCUCCCCUCAGUCCUCUCACUCCAAAGUACGGUAGUUUAAUGAGCAGAGACAGUUCCCUUACAGGGAUUAACGAAUUUGCGUCUUCGUUUGGGACCACAAACAUCGAUAGCGUUCUCAUAGACUGUUUCACGGGAAGCCACGAGAACUUCUUGGCAGGCCCCAGCAGCCUGCCGCGGCAGUCCAGCAGUCUUCCUCGGGUGCCCGACAGCCUGCGUUGCGGAAAUAUGGGCUCGGCCGAAAGUAUCGCAAGUCCCGGAAGCGAGAGGAAGCAUUUAAGAGUCGGCUCGCUUGACGCGGCAAAGGCCAGGUCUUCGGGGAUCCUGAAAAGGCCGCAGACCUUGGCUAUUCCAGAUGUGGUCACGGCGCCAUGCCCCGAGAGCAGCAGGCGGCGGAACGUGACGUUCAGUCAACAGGUGGCUAAUAUUUUGCUGAAUGGCGUAAAGUACGAAAGUGAGCUCAAUGGAUCGAGCGAGAUGUCUCAGCAAGCACUUUCUAUGAGACUUUUGUGUUCAUCCAUCUGCCACAUGCCAAAGGCCCUGCGCAACCUCUGCAUCAAUCACUUCCUAGGAUGGCUGUCGUUUGAAGGAAUGCUGCUAUUUUAUACCGAUUUCAUGGGGGAGGUGGUGUUUCAGGGGGAUCCAAGAGCCCCUCACGAUUCCGAGGAGUACCACAAAUAUAAUAACGGCGUGACCAUGGGAUGCUGGGGCAUGUGUAUAUACGCAUUCAGCGCCGCCUUUUACUCGGCCAUACUGGAAAAGCUCGAAGACUAUUUCAGCGUCCGCACGCUGUACUUUAUCGCCUAUCUCACGUUCGGACUCGGCACCGGCCUCGCUACCUUAUCGAGCAAUUUAUAUAUCAUUUUAGCUCUCUGUAUAACACACGGCAUCUUGUUCUCCACGCUCUGUAUCCUGCCGUACUCCCUCCUCUGUGAUUAUUACCAGAAUAAAAAGUUUGUAGGUUCCAGCGCAGACGGAACGAAGCGUGGGAUGGGGGUGGACAUCUCCCUCCUAAGUUGCCAGUAUUUCCUUGCACAGAUCCUGGUAUCUGUCGUGAUGGGACCUUUAACGUCUGCGGUCGGCAGCGCCAACGGCGUGAUGUACUUUUCCAGCAUCAUGUCUUUUGUUGGCUGUUUUUAUUCCUCCUUGUUUGUCAUCUACGAUAUUCCGCCUUGCGGAGAAUACGAGGACGAACAGCAGCCCCUUUUACUCAACAUCUGACCAAUCGAUGGAUGGACAAUUUUGCAAUUUCGACUCGAUUUUUUUGGGCCCCGGUGUGAAUUUGUGAUGAAAAUGCUUGAAAUAAAGAAUUCUUCACACUACUAACUAUUCUUCUUCUUAUACCUGUGUGUACAUUUUUCACGUAGAAUACUGUGUUGUCUUCUUUGUUUCUUUUUAUUGAUUUUGUAGAGAAAUUUGGACAUUUAGUACAGUUUUAAUUUUUUUUUUAUAAAUGUAUCAAUGCCAAGUCCUGCUCCACAGCACGAGGUCUAGUUGCUAAAAUAUUUAAAAUAUUAUAUUUUUUCAUAUUUGAGCAUUUCCUUGUAAAAUAAAACUCAUCGAGUC